CUUUUUGCCCGGCGUUGCGCGCGGAGGCACCGCCCUGGGCCUCUCGACACCCCGCGGCCUCUCUAGCUCGACUGCUUUCGGCACGGCGGGUCCGUCGGGCAGCCCUUACGCGGCGUGUCCCAAUCGUCCCCCCAACGCCAUCGGUGCGACGUCCUCCCAGGAACCGGUAAGGCAGCGCCACGAUGCCCCUCUCGAAGGAGGCCCAGCGCGCCUGGCAGGAGCAGCCGCCGCGCCGCGCCGUCCACCACGAUACGGUGGAGCCGAUGACGCGGUUCGGGCGGAAAUGGCUCUGGGACCUAACCUUAAACGUCCCUGUCCACUUAUUAGCGGAGGCCCUUGAAACAGCAGCGCCGCCGCCGGACGCGACGACGCCGUAUUUACGGAAGAAGCACCGCUUCGACGUGCCAAAAAUGGAGGUCGCUUUAGCGAAGAUCUGCGCCGACCUCCUGAACUUGGAGGAGCACCGCAUGCGCUGCGAGGUCCUGGAGACGAAGUUCCAGACUUCCGAUAGGCAGUACGAAGGGAACCCGCUCGCGCCGACGUCCGUGCAGUUCGUUUUGUGGAGCCAGUGGCGCCAGGGCGCGGGCUUCGUGAAAAAACUCCCGUCCUGGGCCGAGCACCCGCCGCCGCGGUCCGCGCCGCGGCCCGCGCGGAACUAUCUCGUGACGUGCUCGCGCGGCGCGUUGUCGGAGGCGGCGGAGGCGUUCCAGGAUUCGGCGGAGCCGGAGUUGGGUGGAGAGGGCGAGGCGUUCACGUGGUGACGGGGGC